CAACAAGCAUAUAAACAACGAAAAUUUCACGAUUGUUUCCAACGAUUCAUGGUGUUUUCUGGUGACAAAUAAAUUGGUUCAAGGUUUCUCGAAUAUUAUUGUACUUUAAAAUGCAGGCAUCAACGAGGAGAGCAAACUUGAGCCAUGCUCAACAAUCAAAGCUCAGAGCUGAAGACAGAAGGAGAGAAAUCCUUCGAGAAGAGAAUAUGAAAAGACUCGCAGCUGAGAAAUUACUUGACGCUAACAUGGCAAGCGAAGAAAGAGUGGAAAAUAAGAGAUUUCUUUGCAGACUUCAACAUGAAGCAAGAGAGAGGGAAAUGGAGCAAGCUUUGUUUCAGGAAAAUGAAGCUAGGUUGUUGAAAGAACAGCAACUUGAACAAGAAGAGAGACUUGCCAAGGAAUUACAAAGAAUGAAGAUGGAAAAGAUAAGAGAUGAAAAAUUUCGACAACAGAUUAGAGAAAAUAGUGUAGAACUUCGGGAGUUGGAGGCAAAAUUGAAAGCUGGCUACAUGAACCGGGAAAGGGCGGCACAACUGGCUGAGAAGCGAGUCUUGGAAAUUGAUGAGCAGAACCGUGAAGCAGACAUUGCAAAGACGAUGAGAGAACAGCACCAGAGAGCGUUGCAAGCAGAGACUGCAAAGGAGCAGAAGAGAUACGACGAAAGUGUCCGUCAUCAAGAGCAGCUUGAGAAACAACUUCUGGAACAAGAAAAACAGAAACAAGAGGCAUAUGAGGAAUUUUUGAAAGAAAAAUUGAUGAUUGAUGAAAUUGUUAGAAAAAUUUACGAGGAAGAUCAAAGAGAGCUUGAGAGAAAGUUUCAAAAACAACAAGCCACACAGAGAUACAUUACAGAGUUCAAGAAAAAGAGGGAAGAAUGGAAAAGGCAUGAACAGGAAUUGAUGGAAGAAGAGAAUAGGCGAAUCUUGGAGUUUGCCAAAGAACAACAGAACAGAGAAGAGGAGAGAAUGGAAAAGAGAAAGCAAGCCGAGGAAGCCAUGACUAAAGUACAGGAAAGGUUGGCAGAAAAGAUCGCCUCAGAAAAAGCAGAAAGGGAAGAAAUGGAAAGGAUACGAGUCGAGUUGCAUAUGGAAGAACAGGAAGAGAAAGCCAGACAGAGAGAAAAGGCGGACAUUGAGAACAAGAUACGUCAACGUGUUGAUCUACAAGAGACGCGACGUCAACAGCUCCAUUAUAAAGAACUCAAACGACAAGCUGAGCUCGAAGAAGAGGAAGAAUUUAGACGACAGAUGCUUGCCAAGUUUGCUGAAGAUGAUCGCAUAGAACAGAUGAACGCCCAGAAACGACGCAUGCGUCAACUUGAGCACAAGAGAGCGGUCGAGAAAUUGAUCGAAGAAAGGAGGGAACAGUUUCGACUUGAAAGAGAAGCUGAACUCGAGGCUCGCCGAGAAGAGGAGAGAAUGCAAGAAUAUCGCAGGCAAAUUAUUGAGGAGGAAAGACAGCGUCUUUUGCAAGAGCAUGCCACAAAGCUGCUUGGGUAUUUGCCUAAGGGUGUGCUACGUGACAGCCAAGAUCUGGACAUGUUUGACCAAAACUUCAAAAAUGCUUACUCGAAGCGUUACAAAGAAUUCUGGGAAGAGGACUUCGAUUCGGAGUCCAGCGGUGCUCCGGCGUAAAUGACUUAGAAGCUCGUACAUAAUAACCUCUCGUUACUAUUAUUAAAGAGUGGAAUAAGUUUAUUUUUCGAGGCGCGUAUAUUUGCGUACUCGACCAUUAUACUCCUAGACUCAAAUUCUAGAAAAAAAGCUAUUGUAAAUAAAUCACUAUGAAAUAUCCAUCAUUAUUAUCUCAUUCUUCUUCCUUUUCUCACCCUUCUUGGAACAAUAACUAUCUUCGUUAAUAUGGACAGACUGAAAGAAUCAUGCUCGUUCUCUCCCGAAGAAAUAAAACCAACCAUGAAACUAAGUCAUUUCCAUGCCAAUUUCGUUGUUAUUUUUCUCAGAGGUAGUUAUACCCUGAUGUAUUUGAUUAAACUAGAAUCACUAUUGUUCAUAUGAGAUUCCCACAUUUAAAACAUCCUUUCAGAACCGAGCGAUGUUCCUGCUUUAUUUUCAUCAUACUUUGUUAGUUAA